UAAGAGGGAGGACUAAUAACUGUGAUAUUAGGAAAGAAUUCAUAUUGUUUCUUUCUUGUACAGUACAGGCAGAGUUUGAUUUUGGAUAUAAACGGACAGGAUGGCUCAGUACAGUUACAUCCUAAGAAAUGUGUCAGGUCAAAUCACUGAGGAGUGUGUUCCCAAAUAUCAAGAGACUGAAUCCAAUCAUCAAUUGGACUUGGGUGGUAUCCAAAACGGCAUAACCAUUAAGCGACUAAGCCUAAAGAGGAGGCCCAGAGUGGCUCUCAGUGAUGUGGAAAAAACGCAGAUUUGUGUUUCAAGUGGCCAUUCUGAGCCUGUGUUGUUACCAGGCAGCGAUGAUGCAAGAUUGUUGGGCAUGUCAUCUACAACUAAAGGUAGACCUCCCCUACCUCCAUCACAUAGUUCCUUCAUGGAUGACAGACGUUCAAAGAGUGAAGGUCCAGGCAACUCUCAAAGGAAAACAGAAUCAAAACCUCAACCGGCUGAGAGAAACGCUGCUCCACAACGACCAGCCACGGUGAGAGAGCAGUCAGUCAUGGAGACCCAUGAACACAAAAUUCAGUCUCCACCUCAACCACUUCCUCGUCGUCGACUAGCCAGCUUUGGAGGAGUAAGCCCCGCUGGUUCCAAGUCACCCUUCACUGGCCUGGGUGCAUAUAACCAGAACAACAAUGGAAACAAGCCUGCUGAUGAAUUGAAUGCCCACCUUGUCCCAUCCCUUGGAAGUAGAGGCAGCACAGGGUGCCUGAAGUUGAGUCCACAAAGUUCUGGAAGAAGUACUCCCGUUGCAAGUCUUGGGUCUAUGCACCUUCAGCAUGUCCGUGACCAGAUGGUGGUAGCUCUAAAAAAGCUAAAGGAGUUGGAAGAGCAGGUGAAAAUCAUUCCUGUCCUUCAAGUCAAAAUCUCAGUCCUUCAGGAAGAAAAGAGGCAGUUGGUUUCUCAGCUAAGUGACGUGACUUGGAAAACAUCAUACGGGGAAGAAGGGUUUGACUUUGAAAAUAAACAGCACAAUGAAGCAGAACUCAAAGACUCCAAAGAAAGUUAUCAGACUGACCUGAGAGAAUUCAGGCACCUCACUGAAGAGAUGCAAGCAUUAGAAAGAACUGUCAAAGGUAGCAGUCUGCUUUCAUGGCAGGAACAAGGCUGUAGUAGUAGUAGAGUGUUACAAGAAAAGUCUACUGACAUUCAAACUGAUAUCAAUAUGAAAAACAUUUUCUUUAAAACCUCAAAAGAAAAUAAAUCUGUGCACAGAGAGCAGGUAGAGAGCAGAUCUGUUGCAACAGAAGUAACUGAAGUCAGUCUUGGAAUUCACAAAAAAGAUGAAGCAGAACUUGAUGCUCUUCAACUACUCAAUUCUGCCUUGAAGGAGAAGAUUUCCCAAUUAGAAACUGAGUUGAAAGAGUCUGCUCUUCAGAUAGAACUAACCCGUCUGAGACUAGAACUUCAAGCAGCAGGAGCCAGGAACCGAGUUGACAAGGCUUGCUUCGCUAAGCCCCACUCUGUUAGUGUAGGCACAACAACAAGACCAUGUACUAAAAAUCAGGGAGUUGGAAAUCAUGUAGAGCUUCAAGAUGCCAGCACAUGGGAUGCAACAGAAGUUAAAGCUGUGGGGGUAUGUUGCAGGCCUGAUAUGAAGGAUGUUUGUACAGGCCUAGAUGUGCCCAUGAACCACUGGGAGCUCAGGGAGAAAAAGGAGACCAGUGAAAAAGCUGUUGGGAUUCAAGUUUUCACAAGGACAGUCGGAGUUGGGACGGAGGUGGAACUAUCUGAUGCUGAAAGUAACACAGAGUCUCCAAUUGAGAAUCUAGCAUUUGAGAAUGAAAAGGUAAAAUAUGGGAAAUAUGCUGAUGCCUUUCCAAUUCUCAAGGCAAAGAAAAAUACUUCCAGAGGUAUUAACACAGAUUCACUAAGAGGAGUUGACCUGGGAAUAACGGCAUCACCUCAAAUGGCUUCACAGCAUACCAACACGUUGUGCAGUUCAGUUUCUCGUUUCACCAACACCAGGCAGACCUUUAGCAAUGACUCUGGCACCAACACACUACUCAGCAAGCAAGACAAGCACACCAAUACCACUCACACAUUCACUAGAUGUGUAUCUGUUGGCGGUGGGGUUGGAGGGAUCAUUUGCACAACAGAAACUCGUACCGUUGGCGUUAAUACCACAAUUUCAGAGUUUUAUUCAAAACGACCACCAGAAAGGAUUAACAAGGCAACCCGAGACUGUGGUGUUGGAUUAACAAAUAUUAAUGAGAAUUUCCUUGUGGGACUGAAAACACGCAACAUGGCUUCAGGACCAUCUCAUCUUCCUGAUCCCAUCAAAACAAGGACUAUAGGAGUAGGUGAAGGUCGAAUACGGGAUUUUUCUGUUCCAUCAUGCAUACCUAAAACAAAGUUCCAGCAUUCCUCACAGUUUCAGUGGGACCAUGACUUUAACCAUUACAUAAAGAAGAUGCACAGACUUUUAAAGGAACAUGGAGACCUUUUCACAGGGGAUUGCAGUGACCACUACACUAUGUCCAAACCAAUCAGCAAUGUUAAAAGCAUGACAGAAGGAAGAGCAGCUAUACAUCAUUUAACAUCUCAAACAACAGACUUGCAUUCCCCAUCUCAGCCUCUUGGUGUCUCUAAAGAACAUCCAGAAAUCUUCCAACAAGAUACUCAUGAAUCAGAGGUAAAGAAAAUGAUAAAGAUCUUAGAGCAACAAGCAACCUCAAAACUACAAGACAGGUCAGCUAACCCCUGUAAGCCAUGGUCUAUAAUCAAGAAACAGGGUUCUGACCAGUGCCAUGGUAGCAACCGGAAAAGCAUGAAAUUCAUGAAGGUGACUGCAGGAUUGGAACCAACAUCCAAUUACAAGCAUGAAGAAAGAGAAGGAAGGGAACGUGAAACUUUUAAGAUUUUUCCCCAAGAUGAAUGGCAGGCAAAAAAAGAAAAAGACGGCCCCAACAAAGGAUCCAAAGGGAGUUUGAAAUUAUCUAGACAGCACAGAUUCAAUUUAAGUGAAAGGAUGUUUUCUGCGUGCCAAGCUUUGAAGAUGCACCUGAGAGAGGACCCGGCUCUGUCCAGCAGGGAACUGCAUGAUUGUCUAUGCACACUUCAGCAAGAGUGGUUCUCUGUGUCCAGCCACAAGUUAGCUGCUCCUGACACAGUAGGGGAGUACUUAUCUGCUUUCCAGAUGAUUUCCCCCUCAGUGUUGCAACACAUUGUCAACAUGGCUGAUGGUAAUGGAAAUACAGCCCUACACUACAGUGUUUCCCACUCCAACUUUGGUGUUGUCAAGAAACUGCUUGAUGCAGAGGUGUGCAACAUUAAUCAGCAGAACAUGGCAGGUUACACUCCCAUUAUGCUGGCUGCGCUCGCAGCAGUGGAAAAUCCCAAGGAUAUGAGGGUGGUGGAGCAGCUCUUCUCUAAAGGAGAUGUCAACGCCAAGGCCAUCCAGGCUGGUCAGACUGCUCUGAUGCUAGCUGUGAGCCAUGGCAGGAUGGAUAUGGUCCAGGCUCUCCUGGCACAGGGGGCAGAAGUCAAUAUCCAGGACGAUGAGGGCUCCACAGCGCUGAUGUGUGCCAGUGAGCAUGGCCAUGCCGAUAUUGUCAAACUGCUGCUGGCACAGCCCGACUGUGAUGCCACCCUCACUGACAGCGACAACAGCUCAGCCCUGUCCAUUGCGUUAGAGGCUGGUCACAACGACAUCGCUGUCCUUCUUUAUGCCCAUGCCAACUUCUCCACAGGGGGAGCAGCUCGACUCAGUGGCAGAUUUCCCUCUUCCUCAGGAGGUAGUCGCCUCUUUGAAACCUAAAUAGACUCUUCAUAGAUCUCAUUUAAAGCCCCAGCAAACAGCGAAUGAAGGUUCUCAGUCUGACCUUUCAUCUAUUGACUUUCUUUUUUCUGCAGUUGUGUGUACACAGCUACAUUUCACACCAGCAUGGCAGAGGAGUUGAGAAGUAGUUUCAUGACAGUAGAUACAGACUUAAUCUAUAUUGCUUCAUAUUUGUAAUUUUGUAAAUAAUAACUUUAAUAUAUGAGCCUUUUCAAUGGAUGAUAUAUGACAAAGUAUUUAUAUGUAAUCUUUGCAGGUUAAAUGUGUUUGUUUGCUACCCUAAACUAAAUUUAGCAUAUUUUCUUAUAGUGUUGUAUGUUAUUUUAUACAUUAUACCAGAUUCGAAUGAUUAAAAGCUUUUAUUUUUGUUCAGCAUCUAUUUUUUUUUUUUUUAUUAUUUUAUGAAAAAUUAUUUGAAAACAAUUGUUUACUUUGCUCUGUAUUUUCUUUCAAGCACGUUUUUGCUUGAAAACCACAUUAGAAGGGAUUAUCGUAACUAUCUUUUGCUAAUUCUAAUUACCUAUUAUUUAUUUCUGCAGCUUACUAAAGGCUCUCAAGUUACUCAUCAUGUGUUUGCUUUAUUUUUGUAGGACACUUCCUUGCAAAUUUAUUUUUUGGAACCUUGUUUGAUAGACCAGGGAAGAAGAGAAAAUAAAGUUUCCCACUAUAUUUAAAGCUCAGUCUAAUUAAAUUUUUAAAUCUUGCCAAAACUUCUCAGUGUAAUUUAGGCUUUAAAAAGACCAUUCUAACAACUGACUUUACCAAAACUAUUCCACUGUAACUCUGGCUGUAUAUAAAGGUUUUAGUUUUCUUAUUGACUCUGAGCAGCUUCAAUCCCCUUGUUUAAGAAACUGAUCCCAACACCACGAUGCCGCCACAUACAUUCCCUGAGGGAUACAUAUUGUUAGUUUUCAAUCCAGAAGCAUUUUUAGUAGUCUUCAUUGUAUUUAAUCAGAAUUAUUUCGUACACAUUUUCCAUAUCCUCUAUGUAGGCUGAAAGCCAAAUUCAUGCAUUAAUAUUUGGUAGAAAUAGUAAUCGCAAUGGAGCCUUCAAAGGUCUGCCUAAUAAGUGGAUCAAACAGCUGCAGCUGAUUCAAAACGCAGCUGCCUGCAUCCUCACUAAAACUGUGAAAGUGGAACACUCGAGCCGUGUUCUAAAAUCCUUCCAAUCGCUCCCCUUAUCUCAGAGAAAAUACUUUGAAAUACUUAUCUUAAGCUAUAAAUUACUAAAAGUGUACCAACCGCAGAGACCUCUCAGGUCUUCUGGCUGAAAUUCACUCUGCAUAGCCCGAACCCGAACCAAGCAUAGAGUAGUAGCUACUAGUUCUCAUGCUCCACUAAUCUGGGAUAAACUCUCAGAAAACUGUUUAAGUGCUGAAACCACAAUUUGCUUUAAUUCAAAAUGAAAAAAAGCCUCUUUUUAGAGCAGUCUUUGAGUGUGCUAUCUAAAGAUAAGUUUACGUUUGUAGUCAAACUUUCUUUAGUCUUUUUAUUACUUAUGUUUUUAUGAUAAUAUGAUUUUAUUUAUUUUAUUAUCUAAUAAAUUACCUUUAUGCCACUACAAUAUUCUUUGUGUUUUUUCCCUAAAU